AUGCCGUUUCCCACCGCCUCCACCGCGCGGCGGCGGCGGCGGCACGAGGGCGCCGCCGGUCGGUGGUGCGGGCUGGUCCUGGCUCUGAUGGGGCUCGCGGCCGGCGCGGCGGCGGAGACCUCGCCGUCGGACGUGGCGGCGAUGCGGGCGGUGGCGAAGGCGCUUGGCGCGGACAAGACGCUGGGAUGGGACGUCGCCGGCGAUCCCUGCUCGCCGAAGCGGUGGGACGGGGUGUCCUGCGACUCGUCGGGCCGCGUCACCGCGAUCCAGGUCGGGAAGCGCGGCCUCACGGGGACCCUGCCCCCGGAGGUGGGCGACCUCACCGAGCUCACUCGCCUCGAGGUUUUCGAGAACAAGCUCUCCGGCCCGCUGCCCUCGCUCCCAGGGCUCUCCUCGCUUCAGGUUUUACUUGCCCACAACAACAACUUCGCCUCCAUCCCCGCAGACUUCUUCAAAGGCCUCACCGGGCUCACCGCCGUCGACAUCGACUACAACCCGUUCGCGUCGUGGACGCUCCCCACCGACCUCGCCGCCUGCGCCUCCCUCGCCAACUUCUCCGCCAACGGCGCCAACGUCUCUGGCACGCUCCCAGACUUCUUGGGUGAGAUGAAGGCGCUCCAGCGGCUGUCGCUGGCCUUAAACCAGCUGUCAGGACCCGUACCGGCGUCGCUGGCCGGCGCGCCGCUGGUGCAGCUCUGGCUCAAUGGCAUGCACCUCAAUGGGUCGAUUAGCUUUGUAAGCAACAUGACCUCUCUGGAGCAACUGUGGCUGCAAUCUAACGAAUUCACUGGGCCCUUGCCGGACUUCGCGAGGUUUGAUAAUCUAUGGGAUUUGCAACUCCGCGACAACUAUCUCACAGGGCCGGUGCCUGAGAGUCUUUUCAAGUUGAAGGCCCUGAAGAACGUGACCCUGACGAAUAAUUUGCUGCAGGGGCCGAUUCCUCAGAUUCCUGAUCAACUUGUUGCAGGGACAGACAUGAAAGCAGAUUCAGAGCGGUUCUGUGUGCAGGAAGCCGGGAAGCCGUGCGAUCCCCGUGUGAGCCUGCUGCUUGAGGUUGCUGCUGGGUUCAUGUACCCGGCCUCACUUGCUAAGGAUUGGGAGGGGAAUGAUCCGUGUAUGUUUCCGGGUGUUAGUUGCAUCCAAGGUAACAUUACUGGGCUGACUUUUACCAACAAGGGUCUCAGUGGCAGUAUCUCACCGGCCAUUGGGAAGAUUAGCUCACUUAAGGUGCUAAAUCUUGCUAACAAUAGCAUCACUGGUACUGUGCCUGAGGAGGUUGCCGCGUUGCCUUUGCUGACAGAUGUCGAUUUGUCAAACAACAAUCUCAAUGGGAAACUUCCUACCUUUGCUUCCAAGAGUGCAGUGGUGAAAUCUGCUGGUAACCCUAACAUAGGCAAGGAUGCUCCUGCACCAGCAGCAGGAUCAGGUGGUAGCAACAACAGUCCAUCGGGGGGAGGCAGCAGCGGAAGCAGUGGUAACAAUGGUGGCUCCUCUUCGUCUUCUGUUGGAGUCAUUGCAGGCUCAGUGGUUGGUACAGUUGUUGGACUAGGCCUUGUUGCUGCAUUAGGAUUCUAUUGCUACAAGAGAAAGCAGAAGCCUUUCGGAAGGGUGCAGAGUCCACAUGCCAUGGUUAUCCAUCCUCGGCACUCAGGUUCAGAUGACAUGGUUAAAAUCACAGUUGCAGGGGGGGAUGCUAAUGGUGGUGCUCGUGCAAGCGAGACAUAUAGCCAAGCGAGCAGUGGUCCACGGGACAUCCAUGUUGUUGAAAGUGGAAAUAUGCGACUAAGCAUUGCACUUGAUGUUGCAAGGGGUGUCGAGUACCUUCACAGCCUUGCCCAGCAGACCUUUAUCCACAGAGAUUUGAAGCCAUCAAACAUACUUCUUGGCGAUGACAUGAAGGCCAAGGUGGCAGACUUUGGAUUGGUCAGACUUGCACCAGCUGAUGGGAAGUGUGUCUCCAUAGAGACAAGGCUUGCUGGCACUUUUGGGUACCUCGCACCAGAGUAUGCAGUUACUGGACGAGUGACCACAAAAGCUGAUGUCUUCAGCUUUGGGGUCAUCUUGAUGGAACUGAUUACAGGACGCAAGGCACUUGAUGAGACUCAGCCUGAAGACAGCAUGCAUUUAGUUACAUGGUUCCGGAGAAUGCAGCUCAACAAGGAAACAUUCCGCAAAGCAAUCGACCCUGUUAUUGACCUUGAUGAGGAGACAUAUGCUAGUGUUUGUACUGUUUCAGAGCUUGCUGGUCACUGCUGCGCUAGGGAAGCACACCAGAGGCCUGACAUGGGCCAUGCUGUUAAUGUGCUCUCUACCCUUUCGGAAGUUUGGAAACCAACCGACCCAGACUCUGAUGACAGCUACGGUAUCGACCUGAACAUGACCCUGCCUCAGGCUCUGAAGAGAUGGCAGGCAUUCGAGGAUAGCAGCCACUUUGAUGGUGCAACCUCUUCAUUUGUUGCAAGUUUGGAUAACACUCAGACCAGCAUCCCUACGAGGCCGCCUGGAUUCGCAGAGUCGUUCACCUCUGCUGAUGGAAGAUAG